GGGUAGAAACACUCAAGACAGAUUUUACAGACAGAUCAGGGGUGGACAUUCAAUUCCUCUGCUCUGAUUGCCACAGAAUAGCUCUUUUCUUUCUGCCUUAGUUCUCUGUAAGUGUGUUUAUUCUCUGGGCAAACAGAAGAGCUGUGUGGCCACAGGAAUUCCAGGUCACAAGGAUUCCUCCGGCAAGCAUGACUUCACCUGUGACAGGUUCAUUUCCUCUCCAGCAAUGAGACCAGUGGCAUUGACUUCAAGAGGAACCGAAGACAUUAACAGAGACUUUUGCCAUUUUAGACUAUUUGGGGGAGCAUAGAGUUUAUUUGAACAUGAUGGGGUUGUUUUCAGUGGAACAGAGUGCCGUUCUGGUGGUGGCCACUCUUUUUGGGACGUACCAGUUUGCUAAAGGGGGGUGUUCAGGAAGGUGCUGUCAAGGCACAGAUUCCACCUGUGUUACUACAGACUGGAGGAUGGGCCGUGUCUAUGGGACAUGUUAUUGUGAUGAGAGGUGUUUAAAGACUAAAGAUUGUUGCUUUGACUACCCAACAGAGUGUCCAGCUCAGCCGUGUGUGGUGAGUGAGUGGAGUCACUGGAGCGGGUGCGCUCAGCACUGCCAGCCCUCAUUCCGGGUCCGGAGACGCAGUGUUGAGAGACUGCCCCAAAAUAGUGGGCAGGCCUGUCCAAGGCUGGAGGAACAGGCAGGAUGCAUGGAGUAUCAGGACCGCCAGGGACAGUUUUGCACUUCUGUGCAAGGAGCAGCAUUCAUAAUAGCAAUGGAUUACAGCAAAGGCAGAACUCACAAUUUGUAUAGGGCUCCAACAGAUGCUGGUUUCUGUAUGGAGUUCAAGAUGGAGUUUCUGACACCGCAGUGCAUGGUGGAGAACAGACCCUACACGCGCUGGAUGCAGUACUUGAGGGAAGGCUACAGUGUCUGUGUGGCCUGUCAACCUCCGGCGAUGAACAACCACAGUUGGAGUUGCCAAGGAGACGGCAACCUAGCUGAGAGGGAUGAGCUUCUACACUGGCAGGCGGUGGGAAGCCCUCGCUGCAGAGGAACAUGGAGGAAAGUGCAGAGACUACAGCACUGCUCCUGUCCACAAGUGCACAGCUUCAUUUUCAUUUAAACAUAAGAUGCUUCUUCAACCCCCUUGAUAAAAUACAUCAGUGAACAAUAUAUCCUCUUACAUAUGUACAACAUACUUUCAAAUACUAUUAUUGCUGCUGCAAAUAUAACAUACAUGAAAUAGCUGGCAUAUAGCAUACAUGAAUCACCUUGUAGCAGAUCUAUACAGGUGGAACUGGGGAAGGUGGAGGGUUUCUGAAGCAAGCUCCAACUGCUAUGGCAACUGCUAGUCAUAUAUUUGAAUGUUGAGCAGCAAACUCAUUGGCUACUGAGACAGGAGGGAACCAAUCAGCUGUGCCAUGUGAUAAUGAUGUCAUUAGGUCAGAUUGAGUUAGACCUAUCGGACUGCGCCAUCUAGAGUUUUGUGCCAGAACUCUGUAUUUAUAGGUAUGAUAGGUGCUCCAGGUG